UCUACCUGCAGCUAGACCUGUCGUUGCGCCGGCUCCAAGUCGAGCUUCCGGAUGCUCUUGUGGACCUGCGCUGAUUAUGCCAUUGCUCAGACAACUUUCUGCGACCAGCUCCAGGAUCCCACUAGCAAAUUGUUAACGCAAUCCACAUGGGAAUGGCCGGAUCUAAGGAGUCCAUGGCGACACUAUGCGAGUCCUGCAGGAGGUAUAAAACCUCUGCAAAGCCGCCGAAGCUCCGCCUUUCACUCCCUCCACACGAAAUCAACAAUUGAACAGUCGAGCUCUUUCCUUAGCUCCUCAAAUCGACUCACGCUUUCUUUCGUGAGUCAACAGCCAGAAUGUCCGAUCUUAAAGCUACUGUGGCGGAAACGUCCAACGGCUUUCACGUUGAGGGCUACGAGAAGAUCGAAUAUGAUUUCACAUUCAUCGACAAUGUUUUCGAUACACGCAAGCCGGAACUUGCCAAGUGCUAUGAGCGCUGGGGCAGGGCCCUGGCAGUCAUGGACACCAACAUUUUCAAUGUCUAUGGCGAGCAGAUGCAGCAAUACUUCGACCACUACAACAUUGAGCUUCAGGUCCACAAGACCAUGAUCGGCGAGAAGGCCAAGAGCAUUGAUACCUUCUUGAGCAUCGUGGACUCGAUGACCAAGUUUGGCAUCUACCGAAAGGAGCCGGUUCUCGUUAUCGGAGGUGGCUUGGUCACUGAUGUCGCUGGUUUUGCUUGCGCCGCUUACCGCAGAAACACAAACUUCAUUCGCAUCCCCACUACUGUGAUCGGCUUGAUCGAUGCCUCAGUCUCGAUCAAAGUUGCUGUAAACUACGGCAACUACAAAAACCGCCUGGGCGCCUACCACGCACCGAUCCACACCUUCCUCGAUUUCACUUUCCUCCGCACUUUGCCAGAGGCACAGAUCCGCAAUGGCUUCGCGGAGCUGAUCAAGAUCUCCUCUUGUGCACACUUGCCAACGUUUGACUUGCUUGACAAGUAUGCCGAGCAAAUCAUCAAGACUGGCUUUGGUCGUUCUGAUGAUACCACCGAGGAGGUUACCAAGGCUUGUGACGAGAUCAACAGAGCUGGCAUCCACGAGAUGCUGAAGUUGGAAACCCCAAACUUGCACGAAAUCGGCCUCGACCGCGUGAUUGCUUAUGGCCACACCUGGUCGCCACUCCACGAGUUGGUGCCCGAUGUUCCCCUUCGCCACGGCCACGCCAUUUCUAUCGAUAUGGCAUACUCUGCCACGCUUGCCCACAUGCGUGGCAACCUGCCAGACAGCGACUACAAGCGUCUGCUCGAUCUGUUCUCCCGCACUGGCCUGUCCAUGGACCACGAGGACUUCACCGAGGAGGUCCUCGAGAAGGCUACUGCUGCUAUUCUGAAGACUCGUGACGGCAAGCUGCGAGCUGCUAUCCCAAGCCCACUUGGGAGCUGCGUCUUCUUGAACGAUGUUGAGAAAGAGGAGAUGAACGAGGCGCUUCGCAAGCACAAGGAGAUUUGCAAGUCUUACCCACGUAAUGGACUGGGUAUCGAGGCCUUUGUCGACAGCAGUGACACUGGCUACACUUUGAACAACAAGGCAGUCGAUGCCACUGCAGGCACCAAUGGCCACGCAAAUGGCUCUUCUGCUGGUCUCAAGAAAAUCAAUGUCAUCAACGACGACACAAAGCAAGCUAUCACCAAUGGCACAAAUGGUCACACCAACGGUGUCAACGGACAUGCCAACGGCAAUGGAGUUGCCGUCAAUGGCGUCAAGGCUGCGAAGAAGGCAGCAUCGGGACCUGAGGGUGUUGAUGGCCUUCAGAAUGGCGUAAACGGCCAUGCCGUCAAUGGAACGAGCUAAACAGUUCUCUAUAGAAAUAGAACAUCAUGGCUCAAGAUGAUGAUUACAUAGAAGCCUCUCGCAGAAGAGAGCUACGAACUAUUCC